UUUGUCGUUAGUUACGACCAUAUAAAAUCGUUUAUCGCGCGACAAAAGCGCCGCGACGAUGAGCCCACGAAUCAAAAAUUCGAAAUUAUAGUCGGCCUAGUUCACGGAGGUGAAAACCUUCGGGUAACGGUAUCGUCAAAAAACAACAGCACUAAUAAAUUUUGUAUACGUACACACACGCCCGCUCUCUCAAGCCCGCUACUGCCCGCUACUGUCGUCGGUGAUUGGAGAAAAAAAAAAUUUUACCUGCAACCUGGAAGGAAGAAGAAGAACGCGAAACACGACGCGACGACUGUCGACUGUGACUGCUAUUCCACGCGCGACAAGUAUUUAUCGACCAUCAAGUACUUCUUGUAAAUAAAAAAUCGUGCUUUUUGUGGACAAUACCAAUACAUAUGUACAUACGCAUAUACUUGGAACGUAGUAGGAAAUUUGGUAAUGAUAAGGAAAGAACGUCGGUAAUAUGGCAUCAGCCCUGGAACAGUUUGUAAACAAUGUUCAGACUCUUUCGACGCAAGGUGAUUUUAGUGAUCUGCGCGAUGUCAUAAUAAAAUCCAGUCAAGUUCUCGUCAAAAAUGGUCUACACCUCGACAACGUUCUGGAAACCCUCGAUCUGCAACAACACUCGUUGGGAAUUCUCGCUGUCCUCGUUGCCAAACUCUCUCUGCCGAACGUCAGCGCGGCCAAUAAUGCCGAAUCUUACAAAACGCUAUUCAAUCAAGUUCAAGAGUUCAUCGUCGGAUGCAACGGCGAACAGGCGCGCUUCGCACCUGACACAUAUGCAGAAUUGUGCCACCUGUUGACGCAAUCGCUGGUGGAACUGCGAACGCCCCUGAGAGGAAUUGAGCUGUUGCGCAGAGCGAUAAGAAAGAUUCAACUGUUUGACAGUCAAUUGACGUCGAUACACGCCGAUCUCUGUCAAUUGUGCCUACUGUCGAAAUGUUUCAAACCAGCCUUAGAGUUUCUGGACACGGACGUCACCGGCAUAAGCCAAGAAGGCGGACAAUUCGAUUCCAAACACUUUUUGCUCUAUUACUAUUACGGCGGCAUGAUUUAUACCGCGUUAAAGAAUUAUGAUCGGGCGUUUUACUUUUUCGAAGUUUGUAUGACUAUUCCGGCAAUGGCCCUCAGUCACAUCAUGCUCGAAGCUUACAAAAAAUAUAUCCUCGUGUCGCUCAUACUUCACGGAAAAAUUUUCAAUACCCCUAAUUAUUCGAGAUCCGUCGUCAUAAGAUUCGUCAAACCUCUUAGCCAAGCCUACCAGGAACUUGCCUCCGCUUACGCUACCAAUACUUGCGAUCAAGUCCAAAACGUUAUCGUUAAAUAUCAAGAACUCUUUGCGCGUGAUCAUAAUCUUGGUCUUGUCAAACAAGUCCUCGCCUACUUGUACAAAAAAAAUAUACAGAGGCUGACCAAAACAUUUCUCACUCUGAGUCUCACAGACGUCGCCAGCAGAGUCCAACUGUCCGGACCGACAGACGCAGAAAAAUAUAUUUUGAAUAUGAUUGAAGAUGGCGAAAUAUACGCAACGAUCAAUCAGAAGGAUGGAAUGGUCAUAUUUCACGAUGACCCUGAAAAAUACAAUUCCCCGCGGAUGUUGGCCAAGCUGGAGAAGGAGAUGGCGGCUUGCGCAGAGUUGGACAAGAGAGUCGUCGAAAUGGAGGAAGAAGUGAUGGUCACGCCGCGUUACGUUCACAAAGCAUGCGGACAGAAUGAUCAGGAGGAUCAGCAAACCUCCGGUCCGCCUCCGACGAACGUUACCAAUCCUCAAGGUCAACCUAAACACAGCGCCUACUCCAUGUAAUGCCAACAAACGACUGGUACCCUCCCCCUCCCCCUUACCCGUUAACCUUAUUGAUGAGAUGUAACGAGAGAAAAAAAAAUGAAAAUACAACCAAAUAAAAUCGAUUAAAUCUCGCUACUGAAUUGUAUGAAGAAAUCAAUAGAAAAACAGAGAAAAGUAAAAUUCAAUUUUCUUUUCAA